CACGCUCGUUAAUGUGAACACUCUAUAGUUCGAACAUCCCAUAAUGUGAACAGACUUUUUUAUGCAUUGACUGCACUAUAAUGUGAACAAACCCAAAAGGUUCUAUAAUAUGAACAAAAGACGUUAAAGUAUUUGAAUGUAGUUUACACAGAUCUCAGCUAAUUCUGAAUUUGGAGAAUCCCCUAAUUGUAGAAUAAGACUCUCAUUUGUAUUGCAUGUAAUGCGUAGAAUACUUCAGUUGCAAUUUUGUAUUCGCGUGGAGUGUUUCGUUUUAGAUUUUCUGUUAAAAAUGAAUUCUAAAAAACACACGUUUUUGACAUUGAAGCAAAAAGCUGAUAUUCUCGAUUCUUUAAAAAGAGGCUCAUUUAUGACGUUCUUAGCAAAGAAAUAUAAUGUUGGUAAAUCAACAAUUUGUGGAAUCAAAGCAAAAAAACAAGUGAUUUUAAAGUUCGUGAACAACACAUACUCGGGACCUGAACAAAGAACUCUGCGUCCUUCAGAGCUGCCCAAAAUGGAGAAAGCUCUUCAUCGUUGGUUUAUCAAAAUGCGGAAUAAAAACUGGCCAGUAAGUGCCUUAAUGUUGAAAGAAAAGGCCAAAGUACUGCAUGCACAAGUAAAGGAAAAUUAAUCUAACUUCAACGCUAGUGAUGGAUGGCUUCAAGCAGCAUGGCUACAAAUAUCAGGCGAAAAACUGUCUUCGCUGCCUCAGCUCGUGGAUCCAUUUAAGGAAAAACUUAGAGCUAAAAUGGCCGAACUGGAGCUGUGUAACGACCAGUUAUAUAAUGCUGAUGAGUCAGGCUUAUUCUGGAAACUUCUGCCAGAAAAAACGUACGUGUCCAGUAUGGAAAAGAGAGCCCCAGGCGUUAAGUCGGAAAAGCAGCGAAUCACGUUUUUAUGUUGCUCAAACGCCACUGGAUCUCAUAAACUGAAACUUUUGGUAAUUGGAAAGGCAAAGAAUCCACGCUGCUUUAAAAACUUUCAAUGCCCCACAGACUAUAAGAGCUCAACCGCCUGGAUGACGUCGGCUGUUUUCAAGGAAUGGUUUCAUGAGCUCUUCGUUCCACAGGUAACGUCAUUUUUAAAGGAGAAAGGUUUGCCAAUUAAAGCUCUACUCCUAAUCGACAACGCUCCUUCUCACCCAAAUGAAGCUCAGCUGGCAACGGAGGAUGGACAAAUUUUGGCAAUGUUUAUGCCACUAAACGUUACUCCCCUCAUCCAACCAAUGGAUCAAAAUGCCAUAAAGAUCACAAAGUUGCAUUACAGAUAUAGUCUUUUAGCCUCAAUAGCAGCUACAAACUCCAAUUUACUCGAUUCGAUGAAAAAAAUUACUUUACGCUAUAAAUCUUUUGGAUGCCGAUUGGAGUCGUGUCAGCGAAGUAACAUUAGCUAAUUGCUGGAAAUAUAUUUUAAAUUUUAUGGCAGGUGAUGACGAUUCCGAAGAGAGUGUUCCGCUCGCAAUUUUAAAAGAAA